UCUGGUUAAACUCAGACAUACCACUGUUAGCUUAUCAGUAAAGCACUAAAAUACUGACAUUUUUGAUAAUUCUUGUACAUUCCGUUUGGACUCCUUCUGAUGUGUUGAGAGCUUUUUCAGACAGGAAGAGAUGAGGACUGUUCUUUUUUUGGCGUGCAUCUUAUCUGCAUUUACGUUCUCCCUUGGUGACUGGCAGCAUCCACAUUACAGUUUUCGUUGUUUAGAGAAUGGAAAUAUCAUGUUGUAUGGACUUCACAAAACAAGCAAGAUAGUUGUGGACAAUGCUGAUUCUGCGUGCUCCAAAAAUCUGUAUACAGCGGAAGCAAACAAUCAACCAGUUACAAUUGAUCACAGCUGUUUGAACUAUAAUACAACCGAGGAUAAUAUGAUUGAGGGUUUUUCUUCAAUGAUAAUCACCAUCUACGAUCCAUCUUACGAUCUAAUGCCAGGAACACCAACAGUAAAACCAUCAUCACCACCAAAAUACACUGGAGGUUAUGGUUCUCACAAAUUUACCAUCAUCUGUAAGGACAUCCCCAAUGGCGGAGUCAAUAAGACUGUUGCACAUGUGUUCCAAGAGACGAACUCUAAACAGCUUCCGGAAAAUUUCAAGGAAGUCGGUGACGUAGAAAUGCGAUUUAAAGCUGUCGAUAACAAGAACGCCCCUGAUAUCAGCAGUAUCUACGUAGGAGACGAAUUUUACAUGUUUCUCACAUACAUGGGAGAUAUAGAUUACUCAUUGGUUCCACAAAAGUGUGAGGCGAUUAAAGGAACGAUGGUCCCUAAAGACUACACAGUGAAAACAGAAAAUUCCGUAGACUUAUGGAAGUAUGAUAAAGCAAAACAAAAUUGUAUCCACCAUGAAGAACUCCUCGCAGGAUUUGACAAGCAGGCUUCCAAUUGCAAACAAGUUGUUGCAAAGAUGUAUGGUUUUCGAUUCUCUGGCGACAAAAACUACAUAACGAUUACCUGCGAUGUUACAAUGUACCCUGCAAAACUGCAUACGAAUGAGACAUGUGUAGAACCCACAGGGCGUCGCAAGCGUAGUAUUGAACUAAAGACCCAUCAAGUGUCUAAGACGAUGCAAGUAUUUGACAGCAAGAAUAGCUACCAAUCCGAAAAUAGAAGUCAAUGCAACCAUUGUGGAAUCUCCGUUUGGAUUGUUGCACUGAUCACAACUACUCUGUACCGACAGCUGUAAACAAAGGACUAUACAGUUAAUCAUAAAAAUGCAUUAUUUGAUUUUGAUAUAAUUUGUAAGCGAGUACUGGAUAUCAACUUUCACUGAUUAUAUGUCAGUAAUACGACAAUUACUGUAGUAUUGUAUAGUGUACAAUACAUGCAAACUAGCUAUUACGUCAUUUAAAGAAUUUGACGUUUUGUAUCUCAUGAUCAUUGUAAUCCUGAAAUCAUUACGGUAUAUAAUAUAAUAAAAUACAAUCAAAACAUA